CCACUCGCAAACAUUGACGAGUGGAGGGGCAACGCGGUCGUACGGCCGUCCCUCCGACCGCCGGAUUCCGAAGCCCACCUUAAAUUAACCUCCAACCCCCCGCAAGCUCUCCCACAGCCCAAAUUGCCCCUCCCCCUCCCCUGUUUACCUCCCCCGCGGUGCCUCCUUUCCUCGGAUACCUUUUGAUGCCCCGGAGUCGGACCCGUCGCCGAUGAACCUCUGGACCGACGACACCUCCUCCAUGAUGGAGGCCUUCGUGGCUUCUUCCUCUGACCUCCCCUACUUCCAGUGGCCGCAACCGCUGCCUCCGCCCCCCUACCUCAGCCACGAGAGCCUCCAGCAUAGGCUCCAGACCCUGAUUGAGGGGGCCAGGGACAGCUGGACCUACGCCAUCUUCUGGCAGUCCUCCGCCGACGCUGCCUCCGGCGCCGCACUCCUGGGCUGGGGCGACGGCUACUACAAGGGCUUCCAGGAGGAUAAGCGGACGCGGAGGGCCGCCGCUUCCGGGUCGGAGCAGGAGCACCGGAAGCGCGUGCUCCGGGAGCUCAACUGCCUCAUCUCUAGCGGCGCCGCCCCCGACGACGCGGUGGAGGAGGAGGUCACGGACAUGGAGUGGUUCUUCCUGGUGUCGAUGACGCAAUCCUUCAUCGCCGGCGUCGGGCUCCCCGGCCAGGCCCUACUCUCCGGGGCGCCGGUGUGGAUCGCCGGCGGGGACCGGAUGGCUGCCGCGCAGUGCGACCGGGCGCGGCAGGCCCACGCGUUCGGGCUCCAGACCAUGGCCUGCAUCCCCGUUGGCUCCGGUGUUCUCGAGCUCGGAUCGACGGAGCGGAUCUUCCAGAGCUUCGAGAUGGUGGCCAAGGUCCGGGCCUUCUUUAGUUUCGGCGGCCGCGAGACUGCGGCCAUCGGAUCCUGGUCGCUGCCGCCACCGAUCCAAACGGCGGCCGAGACCGAUCCAUCCGUCCUCUGGAUCUCCGAUCCCAUCGCUCCUGCCCCCCCUGCUCCCGAGAUCCCGGUCUCGAAGCCCCCUUCCCAAUUCGAAAACCCUAACUCCAGUAGCCUCACCGAAAACCCUAGCCCCUUUCCGAUUCCCCAACGCUCGUCGCCGCCGCCGCCACCACCGCAGAGUAGCAGUACCAAUCCGCACACCCAAUCCUUCCUAGACGUCUCUUUGUCCGAAUCCGGAUUGAAAGCAUUCCCUUCGGCCCCGACCUGCAAGCCGGAAACCUGCGACUUCUCGAAUUACGGCGAGAGCAAGCGGAAUCCCUCCACCGUCGCCGCCAACGGCGGCUUCUUCUUCCACCACUCGAUCUCCACCGAGAACAAGAACAAGAAAUCCACAGGGGCGACAUCCAAGGGGAGCAACAACGAGGGGAUGCUCUCCUUCUCGUCGGCCGCCACGGCGGUGGCUGCCGCGGACUGGUCCCGCCCUGCCUCCGGCGGCUGCACCACCGGGCUUCUCGCCGGCGACUCGGACCAUUCCGACCUCGAAGCGUCAGUCCGGGAGGUGGAGAGCAGCAGGGUGGCGGAGCCAGAGAAGCGACCAAGGAAGCGCGGCCGGAAGCCAGCCAACGGCCGGGAGGAGCCGCUCGACCAUGUUGAGGCCGAGAGGCAGCGCCGGGAGAAGCUCAAUCAAAGGUUCUACGCCCUCCGUGCGGAAGUUCCCAAUGUGUCCAAGAUGGACAAAGCCUCCCUCCUCGCCGACGCCAUCUCCUACAUCAGAGAGCUCCGGUCCAAACUCCAGUCUCUGGAGCUGGACAGAGAAGGCCUCCAUUCCCAAAUUGAUGUCCUCAAGAAGGAGAGGGACUUGACAUUGGCCCGCCCGUCCCCGCCGCUCGAUAACGACCUGAAGGCCGUGGUGAACGGCGGCAGCCGGUGCCAUGGGGUGGAGGUCGAGGUGAAGAUACUCGGGCGGGAGGCGAUGAUUCGAGUGCACUGCAACAAGAGGUACCAUCCAGCUGCGAGGCUGAUGAUGGCUCUCAAGGAGCUCGAUCUCGAAGUGAGUUAUGCUAGUGUCUCAGUUGUCAACGACCUGAUGAUCCAACAGGCGACGGUCAAUAUGUUGAGCCGGAGCUACACUCAGGAGCAGCUCACUGCCGCACUCUUUGCCCGAAUUACCGAGCCGCCAACACUCCAUUGAUACAUUGCAAGCAUACCAAUUCGAGAUUGUUCAUGUGGUAGUGAUAUGUAUUCAACUAUCCAUGGAUGGUUUCAUGUAGGCUGCAAUCUCUUUAGCAUUGUAGUAUGAGAUUGUAAUCUUCUUUAGUAGGAAAGUUGGAGCUGCUGCUGCUUCUAAGAAUUAGCAUUGAGUAGAGCUCCUUAAGAGGUCUGUAGUUGUAUAUAGACUAUAUAGUUUUUAUAGGUUAGUCUAAAAUUGUAUAGAUAUGCCUGAGUGCUGUUGCAGAGGAUCUGCUGUUGUAUCCAGUCAACCUGUGUUUGGAAGAGCAAGUCAUCUAUAGUUGAAGGAAGUUGAUGGCCUUUGUUAUCAAAA